AUGUACGUCUAUGACGACAUAAGGUUUUCUCUGAAUCGUAGGCAGAGAAAACGGGUGUGGCAGGCAGCCGGGGCCGCGCGUCCCUCAAAGCGGCAGCUGAACUCCAGUCGUAAGUGCAGUGUGGUCUUGUACUCGUGUCCUGUGAAAGGCUCCCGGGGAUCGGUAUCUUCAUCCGCCAAAAAUUUGUACCAAUAUGAAGUGGAUUCUGGGAGAAUCGUGGCAUACCUUACUCCAGAAAAUAAUACCACUGCUGUACGGGAAACCGGCAGCCCUCGCCUCCACACCAUGGGCUGCGGAGAGAGCAAGGACGUCCAGCAGAUAAGCGUCUCUGCUGCUCAGAAGAAGCUCGAGGAUUCCUUGAAGGACCUUGAUGUAGUGAGGCUUUCGUCCGCCUCGUCCUCCUCAGGCCUCGGCUCGACCGGCUCAGGCUCUGCCCCCAACUCGCCCGGAGAGGACGAGGCGAGGCUCUACCACCAGGAGUCGGUGGACAGCCUGGGCGCCCUGCCCACCACACUCGACAACAUUCCCAACAGCGACCUCGGGGAAUCCCUUGACUGCAGACGAGGAGCUUCCCUUUGGUCCAAGCUCCCCGCGGCGCCGCCUUCGUCAUCGGUGUUCCCUCCGGCGUCCUCCUCGGCCAGGAGCAAUGACUCGAGUGAUUCCGGCAUCUACGACCUCGAUGACGACUACUCCUUCGUCAUCACGGAGAACUCCCCGCCGGAGCUCGUUCAGCGGGUCGUUGCGGAUUUCACGCCGGUGGAGAACCUGGAUCUGACGCUGACGGGGAAGCAGUGCCCGCGCCUCCUGAGCGGCUACCAGAGAGCCCGGCAGGAGGAGGCCGAAAUCCUGAAGUCUCUGCGGGAGGACGGGCUGAUCUCGACGUCCAAACAGCGAGCAGGAGGCGGCGUCUCCUUCGAGAUCAUCGAGGCCACGCCGGAGACCGAGUCCUCCUCCAGCAGCAAGUUUAAGCCCAAGGACUUCCUUCCCGAGGAGACGAAACAGCACCUGGAGGCCCAGAGGAACAAAUUCCACCUCAGGAACCUUACGUCGGCCGAUGUGAGCAGGAAGAUGCAGAUGGCGGAGCAGAGAAGACAGGCGGAGAUAGAGGCGAAGAAGGAGAAGAUGGCCCAGCUGUCCAAGGGCGGCGAAGGAGGCGAGAAGAAGAGCCUGGAGCUGAAGGAGAAAGCGAACAAGAAGAAUGACGCGGCGCUCGAGAAGAGAGAGGCUCACCUGAAGGAGCUCCGCGAUAAGCUGAAGGAGAAGAACAAGAAAGUCCAGCAGAUUAAGCUGAAGAAGCUGAUCAACGGCCCCCCUGUCCCUGUGACGGUCGGGUCGGCGUCGGCGGCCUUCCGGAACGACGAUUCCUUCGACAGCUUCUUCAACUGAGAGCGACGUUUGGCGCUGCGAAACGCACACGUGUUCGGCAUGAACAGACGUCGAAAAAGGUUAAUCCUAAGACUCUACGCUAAGGUAAAGCCUCCACGGCGUUCUGGGCGCCGACGACGAAAAAGACAUCCUUCAGGAAGAUGAAGAAGGAUCCUCGUUCCUGACGCAGAAGACGCGAGGGCGUCACUGUUCCCCGGCUUCGCCACGUCUGCCGAAGAACAAAUUAUUUCCAAGAAAACCU